CUCACCAGUGAUAUUUGCAACAUGACAACAAACUGUCAAAGUAGGAGCUGACGAAAAAAUUUAAAAUACAAGAGAAAUUAUACAAAUCAAUAUAUUAAAUAUAUGUAAAGCAAUAACUAUUUUCUGAAAUAUUGCUUUCCAGGUAAUACCAUUUGAUAAGUAUGGCUAAGCAUCAUCCAGAUUUGAUUUUCUGUCGUAAACAACCGGGAGUCGCUAUCGGUCGGCUUUGUGAAAAGUGUGAUGGAAAAUGCGUCAUCUGCGAUUCCUAUGUAAGACCCUGCACGUUAGUCAGAAUAUGUGACGAGUGUAAUUACGGUUCUUAUCAAGGACGUUGCGUGAUUUGUGGAGGUCCCGGCGUAUCGGACGCGUAUUAUUGUAAAGAAUGCACGAUACAAGAGAAAGAUAGAGAUGGCUGCCCUAAAAUAGUUAAUCUAGGAAGCUCAAAGACAGAUCUCUUUUAUGAAAGAAAAAAAUAUGGAUUCAAAAGAAGAUAAUCCCUCAUAUCUGACCAUUUGAAGUCUAUAACAUCCAUCCUCGUCCUGUGUAUAAUGGAAGCGUUUAUGUCCACUUGGCAAUUGCAAUUGAUGGGUUUCUAUAAGAUGUUUGGUCAAUCUAUAACUUUUCCGAUAUUUAAUCGGACAUUCGUGACAACAGUACCAUCGCACUGCUAAGCCAUGUACUCG